CGUGAUUACCGAUUGAGUGCUUGCGGAUUCGAAGUUAAACGUAUGUACAUACCAGCACGCACAUAUAAGCGAUUAGAACAUCGAGUUGUGUCAAAUAGAAUAAGUAGAAUUUUAGGGCAUUUUUUUACUAAACACAAGUGAAUUAUUAUACAAGAUAAUCGAGCAUUUCUGUGCAGCUAAAUCUGUCAACAAACGCUCUAAGUAAUAUGGCUCAAGAGCCAUGCACAAAAAAGCAGAAAUUUGAAGAAACUCCCAUUAUAUGUGAAGGAAAAGCGCAGAUAUUGGUUACUGAUAAAAAUGUAUUUUACAAUCCAGUUCAAGAGUUCAAUAGAGAUCUCAGUGUGGCGGCAUUGACGAUAUUUGUCAGGGAAUAUAAUGAAACACAGAAAAAUAAGAAAAAGAACAAAAUUACCAAGUUACUUAAUGCAAAUGUAAAAAGAGAAGAAGAAACUUUAACGGGAAUUACUAUAUUGGAAGCUUUGUCUGCGACUGGUUUGCGCAGUAUACGAUACGCCAAGGAGGUUGAGGGCGUCCGACAGAUAUUGGCCAAUGAUAUCUCUCGGAAAGCAGUAGACAGUAUCAGUCAAAAUGUCUUACACAAUGGGGUUGAGAGUUUGGUAAUACCUAAUCACGAAGACGCUACUCUUCUAAUGUAUCAGCAUAGACAAAAUCGUUUUGACGCAGUCGAUCUGGACCCAUACGGUUGUCCUUCCAUAUAUCUUGAUGGAGCAGUUCAGUGCGUAUCCGAUGGCGGUAUCCUUUUGAUCACCGCUACUGACAUGGCUAUAUUAGCAGGCAAUGUUCCAGAAACUUGUUACUACAAGUACGGAGCAGUUCCUUUGAGAACAAAAGCUUGCCAUGAGAUGGGAUUGAGAAUAUUACUGCAAAGCAUAGCGUCGUAUGCGGGACGUUAUGGACGCUAUAUAGAACCGUUAUUGUCUGUUAGUGUUGAUUUUUAUAUAAGAGUAUUUGUCAGGGUCUUCACAAGUCCCGAAAAAUGCAAAGAGAAUUCCAACAAACUAGGAAUGGUUUAUCAGUGCAACGGAUGCGAGAGCCUCACCUUCCAACCAUUAUUAACAAAGAAGCUUGUCAAUGGCUCGAAAUGUAGCUACUCAUUGCCAAACGCACCUCCAGUAGACCAAUCGUGUAAACAUUGCCAACACCAGCUGCAUAUGGGAGGCCCGAUUUGGUUGGGUCCUUUGCACAAUGAGAGAUUUGUGUCGGAGUUGUUGUGUAAUCUGGAUAAGAUGGAAUUGGGCACAUCGAAAAGAAUAGAGGGUGUCUUGAGUGUGAUACACGAGGAACUGGAUGACCCUUUAUAUUACAGUAUGGAUCGUCUGAUGUCCGUAGCUAAAUGCGAUUCUCCGUCGAUAUUAACUUUCAGGUCGGCGUUGUUGAACGCGGGAUACAGUGUGUCGUAUUCGCACGCGAGUAGAACGUCCAUCAAAACGAACGCGCCGAACGAUGUGAUAUGGGACAUCGUACGUGCUUGGGAGAAAGAACAUCCCGCGAAACGAGAGAAGAUGGCUGAAGAUAGUCCGGCCGCGCGAAUACUCAACGCAUCGUCCACCACAGAAAUUUCUUUCGCUAUGCACCCUCUUGCCAAUCCGAUCUCACGAAAGAAGCAUCUUUUGCGCUUUCCGCAAAAUCCUACCGCAAACUGGGGACCUGGCGUUCGUUCCAAAGCCAGGAUCAAUCUCGAAAACGAGAAGUCAAAUUCGAAAAGAGAAAAAAAUCAAUAUAUAGUUAGUAAAAAGAAAUCUGCUAUGGAAGAAACGGUACAAGAGUUAAAAAUUUAAAACAAUGAACUCAAGAAACUUCAUUAAAUGUAUGUAUAUCUCAUAUAUAUAUCGUAUGUAUAUAUCUCAUAUACAUCAAAACAGGAAAUAUCGUAUUGUUCUUUGGAAGAAAAAAUAUUCAAUGACACACAUAUAUGUUCUUUCUUUCAUUUAUAUAUACGUGUAUCUUUUACAGUGUUUUUUGUGAUUAUAUGUAAUGCAUUGUAUCACUGUAUUGUUGCAAAUAAUAGACAUAUUAUUUCCAAUAAGAUAGGUUUUUUACCAUUUUUAUUUACAAUGUCCUAGUUUACAAAUGUUCUACAGAAGACUUAGUGCGCAUAAAUUUGUCGCUUAACGUUCACUAAAAUAUUUUCUAUUAAGGUUUUUUAUGUUUCUUUCCCACGGAGAGGUGGAAAAAACUACGAUAAAACUACUUCUUAUUUAUUACCUCAGAAUACGUUUACGCUACUGAUCAUAUACAAAUUCAAAGCAACGAUUAACGAUAGCUUAUUUUUAGCACGCUUUUGAAACAAGUUUUCAAUAACUACAUUCGGCAUUGCAGAUCAAAGACGUCGGAGAUGCAAAACCCAAACACAAAUAAAUAAACUAAUCGACUAUUGAUCAAAUACACAAAUUUCCGAGAUACAAAAUUUUUACGUCUCUGAUUUACAAUAUCGAAAACGGUAAAGAGGAUGACUAUUGGGAAGUAUGAAAAACUCGGCAGUAACUGAUUAGAGACGUGAAUGACGCGAUAAAUAUGUGCGGUCGUUACGUAAGAGGUAUUGAAUAAAUAGCAUGUAAGAUAGAUUGAAACAAGUAGUGAAUGCUACGUGUGUGAAGUCACAAGUCUCAGAAUUCAACGUGCAAUAUCGCAUUGGUGUGUAAAUAGAAUUUGAUGUGUCUCAAGGCAGAGAAAGCUAUUCAGUAGAACUUUGUCACACACUUGCUUUUUAUUUUCGCUGA